UAAAUAAGUCUGCUAAAAAUGUAAGCGCAGUUGUAGUUUAAUAACCACGGAUUAUUUUAUGCGAUGUUAAAAUUAAAAUAAUUCAAAUAAUUUUGCAUACAAUUACUGCUAUACGCAAAUCAGGAGCUCGGAAGUUAUUUGUAAACAUGAGACUGUCAAGUACGUUACUUCUCUUGGUAUCGAACGUCUGUAUUUUAUCGGCGUGGGCGUCCAGUGACUCGGACGUCAAAUACUUCACCAAUGAAUGGCUGGCGCACGUACCUUUGGGUGAAAUGGUAGCUAGAGCAGUGGCGUGCGAUCUCAACAUGAGAUACGAUGGACCGGAUAUCGGUAAUGAUGGUUUCCAUCGAAUGACUAAAACUGAACUUCCGCCCAAAAUGUUCAAUAAUAAUGAGAGUAUAACGCAACGAUUAAAUAGCCAUGAAUUUGUAACAAUCGCUAGUCAAGAAGCUGUGAAAGCAAGAUCAUACCGUGGUAUAGUUCGACCUAGACACGUAGUUCCACGGUUAGCUGUACCAAAACGUAAAAGAGGGAAUAGAAAAGGGACUGCUAGACUCAUUAGAGUAGAAAGUAACUACCAACAUACGUUUAAUGAUGAAUUCUGGCCUGAUAUGUGGUAUUUUCAAGAUUUUCGAACUGACGAAAAAGAUCCCGUGCUUGAUAUGAAUAUAGUACCAGUCUUUUUUGAACUUGGAAUUACAGGAAGUGGUGUGAAUAUAACAGUACCAGAUGAUGGAUUAGAAUGGACACAUCCAGAAAUAUUACCACAAUUUAGUCAUGAUUUGAGUUGGAAUUAUAUUUCAAAUAAUAAUAAGAUUAUGCCCGAUAAAGACGGAAAUGGAGGGUAUAGAUCUCAUGGAACUAGAUGUGCUGGAGAAAUAAUUAUGCAGCCAAACAAUAAAGUAUGUGGUGUUGGAACAGCUUAUGGAGCCACUCUUGGAGGAAUUAAGUUUUUAGAUGAUGGAUCGACAGACACUAGAGAAGCUAAAGUAUUGAAAUACGCUCUUAACUAUGUGAGCAUUUAUAGUAAUUCAUGGGGUCCUGCAGAUACUGGAAUGUUUAUGGAACAUUUAACAGAUUUUGUCAAAAGAUCACUUUCGAAAGGCAUACAUCAAGGUCGGGACGGAAAAGGGGCAAUUUAUGUGUUUGCCGCUGGUAAUGGAAAACCAGAAGGCGACAAUUGUGCUUGUGACGGUUAUGUAAAUUCUAUCUACUCAAUAGUAAUUGCUAGUUGCGACGAUAGUGGACACGUUGCACACUAUUCCGAAAGAUGCGCUUCAAUCAUGGCUACUGCAUACAGUGGUUCUGGACAAGAAAAGAAUGUGUUGACUACCGAUGUAAUGGGAAAAUGUACUGCCAGUCAUACGGGAACAUCUGCAGCUGCACCACUGGUUUCUGGUAUUAUAGCGUUAGCUCUAUCAGCUAAGCCGGAGUUGACAUGGAGGGACGUACAGUAUCUAUUAGCUUGGACAUCUCAAGUGGCGCCAUUGAGUGAUAACUAUGGAUGGAACAGGAAUAAAGCUGGGUUUUUCUAUUCCGUUGACUUUGGGUUUGGUCUAGUGAAUGCUUAUAAGCUAGUCCAAGAAGCUAUGAAAUGGGAAAACGUGCCUGAAAUGUCAUCGUGUGGUAUACGUAUGCCUAAGGUUAAAGGUUUUCCUGUAUCAAGAAAUCGUGCUGCCCGUAUUACUGUGUACUCGAAUGGCUGCGAAGGAUUGUCUGGAGAAAUAAAAUACUUAGAGUAUAUACAAUUAGUAUUAACAAUGUCUUAUCCAAAAAGAGGAGAUAUUCAAAUAGCAAUGAAAUCGCCUUUAGGGACGGAAUGCCAUGUACUGGAAAGUCGACCAAAUGAUUUUAAUACUCACGGAUUAAAGAGAUGGACUUUUUCAAUACUCGCUUUCUGGGGGGAAUCUCCAAAAGGAAAUUUUGUCAUCGAUAUUUAUGAUACAACUGGCAAGCAAUCUAACAAAGGUAGAAUUACCGAAAUGACUUUAUCUUUACAUGGCACCAAAGAUCAACCAAAGAUUUACCAAAAUGGUCCUCGACCAUAUGAUGCUUUUAAAUUAGCGAAACCGGGAGAUACACCAAGAUUUACGAAUCUUAGUCGUAGUAUUAAAAAAAGCCUUAAAAGACCUAAAAUUCAGAAAAGACCUAUUGUUACGAAUAAACAAGAAUUUCAAAUGGACGAUGAAACAAAAAAUCAAAUUCUAAAUGACGAAAUUUUACAACAAAACAUUUUAUUGGCUAUGGAACAAGAAGCUGCUAAUCAAGAAGAUGCUAUUAUACAAGAUAUUACGUCAAAUAUGAUUAAUAUUAUAUAAUAAUUUAUUAUAUUUAUUUUUAUUUUAUUAUAUUAUUAUUAUUCCAAUAAGUAGUUUAGAAAAAAAAUUGUUUG